AUGACUGCUACCUUCUCAUCCUCGUCCUCGUCAAGCGAAAGUUCAAGUUUGCCCAGUUCCCGUUCUACAACCCCUCCAUCCGACAUAGAGCAAUCCUGCAAACGACUGCCUGCGUGGCAAGCUGCCGCCCAUGUCUUUCUUCCCGCUGAAUCAAGCCCCCGUGUGCUCAGGAGCGUCUUUGAAAAGCAUGCUUCUGAAAACUGCUUGGGGGUGAUCCUAGCCAACCCAACAGCAGGUCACCUUUGCGAAGAGUUCACCAAUGGGGCAUGGACUGCUAUGCAUAUGACCAUUGGGAACGACCCCGUUGUCAAGUACUCCCUAUCUACAAGCUGCAACAACCAGCGCCUGUUUGACACUGAACCUCGUGCUCUUUUCACCGGCUUGACCUGUGCAAGGCACCUUCUCUUAAUUGCGCAGGCGUCCCUUCGCUCCAUCCUCUCGGUCUCGGUUGCCGCUGGGAACGCCACAUUGUAUAUCCUUGAACGGCCUUCGUUUGCCUUUCCUCCACUUGCCUCAACCCCUUCGUUCAGCCAUGAUGGCACGGUGGCGCAAGGCAAUGUCCCUACCCUGGAAGAAUGGGAGAGACUUUGGUCGGCAUGGGAUCUUGUCACCCUUCAAAUGAUACCCCAGGAAAUGCUCCACCAGAAGCCAAUUGAUCUUCGCCACAAGUGUUUGUUUUACAUUGGACACAUUCCCACAUUUUUGGAUAUGCUGUUAUCUAAAGCUAUCGGUGGCUCACCAACCGAGCCCAAAUAUUUUUGGAAUAUAUUUGAACGCGGAAUUGACCCACAUGUGGAUGAUCCUGACCACUGUCAUAACCAUUCAGAGGUUCCUGAAAAAGACGAAGAUUGGCCCACCCUAGACUCAAUUAUCAUGUUCCGCAACAAUGUUCGCGCACGUCUCGGAAAGCUUUACCUUGAUCUUCAGGCUGGAAGGCAGGCCUUCACCAGGGGUAUUGCGAGGACCCUCGUUAUGACUCUGGAGCAUGAAAGCUUUCACAUCGAAACGCUUUUGUACAUGCUAAUGCAGCGGGCUGGCUCUGGCACACUUCCACCGCCCGGAUUCACUGUACCUCCUUGGGAAGCUUUAGCCGAGCAAUGGAAUUCUAUUCCCCUGCCAUCUUCCUCUACUGUUCUCGUCGGUCCCGCAACGCUUGUUUUGGGGCACCACGAUUCCGAGGCAGAAGACGGAUUGCCUAGUGUUGUGGAAAACGUCAAGGACCAUACUUUUGGUUGGGAUAAUGAAAGCCCCGCUCGAACCGUUCAGGUUGGCGCAUUCAAAACCGAAUGGCGUCCCGUGACCAACAGAGAGUUUGAAACCUUCAGAAACAACCAGUCGAAAGGCGUUGUUGACUUCCCCAAGAGCUGGGUAGACGAGGAUGGUGAAAUUAAAGUUCGAACAAUGUUUGGGCCUGUACCCAUGGCUAUUGCGGCGCAUUGGCCCGUGCUCACCUCGUAUGACGACCUCGUCGCAUACGCAAGUUCCAAAGGCGGACGAUUGCCGACCGAGCCUGAGUUGAGGCUAUUCCUUGACACGUAUGAUGUGGGGUACGAAGGUGGCGCGAAUAUCGGCUUCAGAAAUUGGCAUUGCGUACCCGCUACGACCGGCCUGGAGGCCUACGACGGCAAAGGCAGUAAUGGUGGUGUCUGGGAGUGGACUUCAACUGUGUUUGAUACACACGAGGGGCUUGCUCCAACAAACAUCUUUACCGGCUAUUCAACCGACUUUUUUGACUCGAAGCAUCAUGUCGUGCUCGGUGCCUCAUACGCGACCGUCCCUCGUCUUGCAGGCCGUCGUACUUUGAGGAAUUUCUAUCAACACAACUACCCUUACCCAUGGGUUGGUGCUCGGGUUGUGUAUGACGUUUGA